UGGCGGUAAAGAGAACUUCUGCCUGGAGCUUCCCGGACCCAAUUAAGCGUUGCACCCAGCCGUUACCCUGGUAACUGGCGUGGCGGUUUGUCAAGGAACGGAGAGAAGAGGUUUAAGAGGCCCAUUCACCAUUAUCAAUCAUGGAGGCAGCCUCAAAGGAUCUUCUCAUCCAAGUUACUCAGUUCUGGAACCUCUUAGAUGAUCUGGCUGAAAGUGACCCUGAACGCUAUGAGAAUUUUAUUCAACAGCAGCUGAAAGAGGGGAAACAGCUGUGUGCCACCCCAGAACCACAGUUCUGUCUACAGACCAGGAUCCUGAAACCAAGAGAAAAAACACUUUUCAUCAACCUUUAUCAGUGGAAAAAGAUCCCAGCUCCCCAAUCAAUCACUCAUCCAGUACCUAUAAGUGUUGGCAGGCCAGAAGAUAUUUCUGAGACAUCAGGUGUUUACACAGUCAUCGAUGUUGCCUACCAUCCUGAUGUUCUCCAGGUGGCAGAAAAAGACCAAGUGAAAAAGGACCAGUUGAUCCGGAUGGCUAUGAAAUGCAUUGAGGAGCAACUCCAGUCCACUCUCUCACAAUCCUACCGAAUUACAAAACUUAAAACAAAAGGAAGCAUUCACAGGAUGAAACAAAGUCUGAUGGGAAUCCAAAAUGACUCCCCUGAUUUAAGAGAGAAAUUGAGAAAGGAACUAACCCUUGAACAGAUAAGAAACAGUAUCAUGAGCAGUCCAGAGCACUUUCCUCAGCUUACACUACCAAAGGACCAAGUUCCAGACAAAGCAGGAUGUCUGAUUGAGGAGAUUUGCAGUACUGAGAUCCAGGUAGAGAUGAAGACCCCAACCUAUGAAUUAAAAAUUAUGAAGGAUGAGAAUGAGAAACCUCUGGAAAUUGAAUUGUUAGUUGAAUUACCUGGUAUUGAUUCAGUCUCUGUCUGUGACCUUAGUGUUUCUAAGGAUGAUUUAUUGAUCGAGGUCUCUGAGAAGUACAGAUUACAGCUGCAUCUUCCAGAAUCUGUUGAUACCGAAAUGACUACAGCAAAAUUUAUCAAACAAAAAGCUACCUUAAUCAUCACAAUGCCAUUGGUGUAAAAUAAGAAUGUCGUGUAUUGCAGGUUUUCAGUGUUAAGGUCAUGUGCAUUAUAGUUCCUUCAUUACAGGUGAAGAGGUAGUGGUUUAUCUUAAACACUGGUAUUUCCUAAGAAUUCUUUUUGAAAUGAGAUUUUUCUCUUCAGCUGUUAUGUUUUAUCUGUUCUUUUUACUCUUUCUCCUUCUCAACUAGACUUGGCAUCAUCCAGAAACUAAGUAUGAUAUUGCCACAAUGUACUUGUUUUGAAGAUAAUUUGUAGUCAUCUGUGUAACUUAAAUGUCUUUUGAAAAAUAUAAUUUUUUUUAAGUAAUAUGAGAAGACGCUGGAUUUACUGGUUGAUUCUUUAUUUUAAAGUCUCGAGUAAAUUUUUGCAUCAGGAAAAAAAAAAACCCAGGCUGUGCCAUAACUUUUUUUAUCACCAGCAUGGGGUAUAACAUUGGAAAUUUCUUCAAGCAAUAAAAAUACAGGGUCAAUGUAUAAUUAUUCAGUGUUUCUAGGCACCUCUGUACUUCUGUAAAGCUGCUUUGCCAGGAGUCCAAGAUACCCGGCCAGAAGUUUUAAUAUCAGAUAUGGACUUGUCUGCAGAUUGGACUACGAAGACACAUUAACAGCAAUUGGCUGUUACCACACAUAAGAUGCAAAAUAUAUCCUUCUCUAAUCUGAGUGAGCAAAGGAGUUGAUUUGGGGAUCAUCUCGCAAGAAAAUGAUCAAAAGUACAAAAGUGACAUACUUUUCAACCUCUGUUUAUCUCUUCUGAGUUGUCAAAUGGAUGGUCACUAUGAGGUACCAACUUUCCAACUCACAUCCUAAGAAAACAAUAUGCACAUUAAACUUUAAGCAUCUGUCAAUCAUCUUUUCUAGAUACAAAACAGCUCCCUUGUAAUUACUAGUUUCUAGUUCAACAUUGGAUUUUUUUUAAAGUCUUUAUUUAAAAACUAUCUUAAACUUUAGAAACUAAUGUUAUAUGUGUGUGUCUUACACUGGGUUCUCUAGAGGAGCAAAACCAGUGAAGAGAUUUAUUUCAAGGAAAUGGCUCAUGCAGUUGUGGAGGGUUCCAAGUCCCAAAUCUGUGGGUCAGGUGUCAGGCUAGAGGUUUUUCCUGACCGAUGUGGUUGCAGGGGCUGACAAACCCAGAAUCCCAAAAUUAGCAGGUCAGGCAGGCUGCUAGCUCACAUCUCAAGAAGUGGAAGGGGAUGAUGAGUCGGGUGCAGGUUCAAGAGAGGGCAAGCUCUGCCAGAACAGCCAUAUAUACUGGAUGCAGGCCACACCCCCAAGGAAAGCCCACUUUCAGCUGACUGGCAGCUAACGUCAGGUCACAAAAUGGAUGAUGUUAAUAUCUGCCAAACCACUGAGAAUCAUGGCUUAGCCCAGUUGACACAUAACCUUAACCAUCACAGUGCGUAAUAGAUAUAAUUAGUAUGUGACAUUUAAAAUUAAAUAUAAUUUUUUAAACUGGCCUGGUUUGAAUUCUACUGGGAUAAUUUACCUACUGGAAAUUUUUUUAGAUCUGUAUGAUGUCCUAAAAUUAACAAACCCAUUAAAGUCUCCUUUUUUGUUGUUAGUUGCCAUCAAGUUGAUUCCAACCUGUGGAACCAUAUGUGUGUGGAAUAGAACUGCUCCAUAAGGUUUUCAAUGUUCUGACCUUUCAGAAACAGAUCGCAGGGACUUUGUUCUGAGUAACCUCUGGGUGGGAUCAAACCGAUCUUAAAGUAGUCAAACUGUUAACCAUUUGUACCACCUAGGCUCCUAUGGUCUCCUUAACCACUCCCCGCCCCCCCCCCAAAAAAAACACCGCAGUUGAUUCUGACUCAUAGUGACCUAUAGGACACAGUAGAACUGCCCCGCAGGGUUUCCAAGGCUGUUAAAUCUCUACAGAAGCAGUCUGUCGCAACUUUCGCUGGAAGAACAGAUGGUAGGUUUGAACCACCGACCUUCUGGUUAGCAGCCGAGUGUUUUAACUACUGUGCCUCCAGGGUUCCUUAUGGUCUCCUCACUGCCUCCCCAAACAACAACUUGGAAUGGCUUCACCUCAUCUUUUCUACAAAAUCAUAGCCAAAUGUAUCUCCUAAAACCUUUCCCUUCCUAUCCACAAGGAACCAGUGGAACUGCUAUUCUUUCACUCCCAGCACUUACAUGUUACUCAUGUCAGUAUCUCCCUGUUUCUGUACUCAUUAAUAAAACACAUAUCAAGACCUAACAUGCUUAAUGUUAAAAUGUUAAUAUUUUCGAGGCGGGGCCAAGAUGGCAGACUAGAUAGAAGCUACCACGGAUCCCUCUUACAACAAAGACUCAGAAAAACAAGUGAAUCGAUCACAUACAUGACAAUCUACGAACCCUGACCAUCAAACACAGAACUAAGGAGUUGACCUGAGUGACAGGGGACCAAAAAGCCUCGCGGUGAAGCAGCGACUGCUUCUGGAACUGGCAUCCCCCGCCACAGCCUUGAGCCCUCGUGGUUUCCUGGUGCCAGAGUGGUUGGGCUGAUCGCAGCUUACUGAGACGGGGCAAGCAUGGGACGCAGCCCUACCCCCUAACCCCCUGGAGUAACCUCGGCAGAGACUCAGCCAGCGCAAGCAGGCUGCAC